AUGGCGAAGCACAAGAAGCGCAAGCUUCAAGGCCAAGGCCAUCCUUCCAAGCCUUCGAAAGGCGCAUUCAAGCCUUUGAAAGCAAAAGUCGCACGCGCCGCACAUAAAGCGCAACCCACGAUUCCUUUCCAGCCCGAAGAUCGAAUCUUGCUCGUAGGUGAAGGCGACCUCUCCUUUGCAAAGUCGAUCGUUCAAGAGCACGGCUGCUGCGACAUCACCGCCACAUGCUACGACUCCAAGGAAGUGCUCUACCAGAAAUAUAAUCCGCAGGCUGAAGAGCACGUGAGCUAUCUUGAAGAGGAAGGACAGACUGUCUUGUGCGGCGUUGAUGCUACGAAGCUGGACAAGAACAAGACUCUCACCAAGUCAGGCGAGCUGUUUCACGUCAUCCUCUUCAACUUCCCCCACGUAGGCGGAAAGAGCACAGAUGUCAACAGGCAAGUACGAUUCAAUCAAGAGCUGCUUGUCAAUUUCUUCAAAGCCGCCAUCCACCUCCUUGCCGCGAGUGGUACGAUCGUUGUGACACUAUUCGAUGCUGAGCCAUACACAUUGUGGAAUAUUCGGGAUUUGGCGAGACACUCUGGCUUGGAGGUGCAGAGGAGCUUUAAGUUCCUGGCACACGCUUAUCCUGGCUAUACUCAUGCCAGGACUUUGGGCAACAUUGAUGGCGGUGGCGGCUGGAAGGGGGAAGAUCGGGAAGCGAGAAGCUACGUGUUCCAGAAAAAGGACGAGAAAGCUGCCACCAAGAGCGCCCAGAUAAACCAUGUCGGCGCAAAGAGGAAGAGGCAAGACGUGGAUAGUGACCAUGAGGCCGAUGGCUGA